GGAAGUAAAUCAGUUACAAGAAGUGGAUGAGGAUGAAACAGCUUUGGUCAACUAAUUACAACGUAACUUUGAAAAACAAGACCUUCUACGUAAAGACUAAUCAACCUUUGUAUUCUCUCCCAACAUGGCCGUACAAAUCUAAUCUUUUUCCCUCGAGCCUUAUAUCCAUUUUUUAAUAUUAACAAUCAAACAUUUAAGCUAUAAAUACUUAUCUCAACAAACUCAAUCAUCAAAUAAACACAACAAAAUGGGAAACUGCAUAUGCGUAACGGAAAAAACGACGACGUCGUGGUCAGGAGACGAUAAUGGAUCAUAUAACAAGAGAAGGAGAAGAAGAAGAUCCACCGUGGUUCACGACGACAACGACGACGGAGAGAAGCUGCUCGGAGAAACAAGCAACGUUACGUCAACAAGUUCGUCAUCGUCUUCUGAGAGAAGAGAGAUUAAGAUAAGGAUAACGAAAAAGGAACUUGAAGAUCUCAUGAGAAACAUUGGUUUGAAGAGUUUAACGGCGGAAGAGAUUCUUUCUAAGUUAAUUUUCGAAGGUGGAGACCAAAUCGGAUUCUCUGCGGUCGAUGUGACGAAUCACCACCAACCAUGGAAACCGGUGUUGCAAAGCAUACCGGAGAUGGAUUAGUGUUAUUUUUUUAUUUUUCUUAUAAAAAAAUAGAUAAAAAAAUCUGAGUGAUGCGUGUGUCUAAACUUGACCCUCUCGACAGGUGAUUUUAGCUUUAAAAAAGUAUGUACAUGUUUGGUUUUGUAAUUAAUUUUUUUAUUGAAAUUGUUUGUUUUAUUGUCUUCGCCAUUUAUCAGACCUAAAAGCUAGAUGUUGAUUGAUGUUUAG